AUGAGAAUGCACAAGCUUCGAUUCUCAUUGCAAGAGUUCCACGCCGUAACCGGGUUUGAAUGCGAUACUCAUAUCUCGCUUGAGGAGUUUGAAGAGUGGAAAUAUGAUGGUGGUUUCUGGAGCAAGGUUUUGAGGAGAAAAGAUGGAACAAUUACACUCUUCAACCUGUGGACUAAGGACAAGGAAGCUGUAAAGAAAUGGAGGAAUGCAGAUCGCAUACGUCUUAUCUACUUGGCGAUCAUUCUUUGUGUGGUAUUGGCGAGAGAUGAGAAGGCUAAUAUCCCCCUGAAGUACAUCGCGGUGGUCAUGGAUCUUGACAGAGUUCGAAGGUAUCCUUGGGGAGUUGCUGCUUAUGACCUUCUCUGCAAAUCCAUAGCCAAAAAUCGUUCCCAACUGAAGGAAAAGACCACUAGCUAUGUCUUGGAUGGCUUCUCAUACGCCUUGCAGAUUUGGGCAAUGGAAGCGGUGCCAAAAAUCGGGAAGCUUUGUGGAAAAAAGCUGGAUAAGGGUUUCAAGGACGGUCCUAGAUGCAUAAACUGGAUGGGAGCUGCGAAGGUGUCAUAUGAGGAGAUCAUUCGCUUGGAGGAGAUUAUUACACCCAAGGAUGACAUCUACCCAUACAUCUCAUGGACAGGAAAUUAUGAUGUUGUCAAAGCUCAGGCGUUUCGCAGAGAUGAUGAUGUGGAGGAUGACAGAAUCAAGGUUCUGAUGGAGAUGAUAAAGAAGGGGCAUGAUUUUAGUGAGCAUGUUUGGGAAACUGAAGAAAAUGAAGUGAUUUCUUUAUCUCUCGAUGACGAAUCAGCUGUGAAUGAUGAAGCAAGCGUGAAUGUUGAAGCAGCCGAGAGUGAUGACGACUUUCAGACUCCGAAAGGAUCAAAAAACGUUGGUUCUAGAUCAAAGAGGGGUAAAAAGAGGCUUCCCGAUCGUGGUAUGGAGAAGAGAAAGCAUAAGGUUCUCGCAAGUGGCGCAAAGCAAGCUCCUUUUAAUGAAGACAUGAAGGCUUUUAUGACACAGUUGUUUGAGCACAACUUCUCUGGAAUGGAACAAAGGAUACAGAAACAGAUGGCCGAGACAUUUGAGCAGAUGCGGACAGAGCUUAAACAAUCACGUAAGGAAGCCAGCGUUGAAGUUGAGCUUGGAGAGCCUUCACCGACAAAGCCAUCGACGAGCCAGGCACCGUUGAGGAGGUCCACACGCGGGGAUGGUUCCGAGACUACAUUCGAUGUGAAUUAUAGUGAAGCAGAUGAUUUGGGUCGCGGGAUAGGUACACAAGGGGUUGAAGGGCUUUCUCAGACGUCGUAUGUGCCAGGCUUUGAUCCAUCUCAGGACAAAAAAGAAGAAGACUGGUGGACUCCAAUGACUUCGGUCCGAGGUUCAGUGGAUAAUCCAGUAAAGAAAGAAAAGACAGAGAUGAAUACAGCUCCACCGCCGUCACAGUGGGAGAAAUGGUGCAAAAGAAAAGGUCAUGGACUUCAGCUUAGCGAUUCACCAUUGCCAGAAGAUGCUUCUCCGCAGGCGUCACUUUAUUAUAUCUCCGAAGAGUCAUGGAAAGGAUUCACGGAAUGGGCAUUAAAGCCUAUACCUUUAACAAUUGGUCCUACAUGCUUUAAUUUGUCUGUAGCUACAAGAGUAGUAAGUGCUGGAAAAUGGCUUGGAAACAAGGUAAUGAAUCUUGUACUAACCUUUAGUCAAUUUAUCUUCCUAACACUUCUUAUAUGCUAUAUUACUUAACUUUCAUUGUAAAUUUUUAGGAGAUGGAUGCGGUUAUGUUUAUAUGGCGUGUGAACACUACAUUGAAUCGUUGGGCCCCUCGACGUGUUGCUUUCAUGAGUGUUAUGUUUUGCCUCCAAGUAGACGCUGCAUACAAGAAGUUUUUACCAAACAAAAAAGCCUAUCAAUUUCCUGAUUUCCUUCUUGGGUACGGCAGAGGAGAGCUUCCAUCUCAUGGGCGGACUGAUCUAGUUUGGGGUGUUGAUGUUGAUCGACUCUACUUUCCUCUGUUUGUAAAUGGUAACCAUUCAGUUCUUUUUACAUCCUAGUAUACAUUUCUUCGUUUACAAAUUUUUGUGGACUCGAACGCAGGUAAUCACUGGGUUGGUGUCUGUGUCAACAUCAUUGAAAGAAAAGUGGAAGUCUUUGAUUGCGGUCGGGGAAAGAACAGACAGUACGUUGAGAAGUUUGCUGCUAUCAUUCCUAGGAUAGUGAAGUCCGUUGCACCACAAGAAAGACAGAAGCAGCUACUCCUCUCAUCAUAUUCUAUCGUGGAUGUGCCUAUGAAGUUGAGAUUGAACAAAAGUUGUUGUGAUUGCGGUGCAUACGCUCUGAAGCACUUGGAAUGCUCGCUGCUUGGUCUUGACGUCAGUUUAGUGGAUGAUGAAAUCAUUAUGGGUUGUAGACAGAAGAUUGGAGUGGACUUAUGGGAGGCUGCACACGACCCCAUCUU